UUUAAAAAAGCCUAGGUUUUAUUGAAAGUCCACUAUUUGCUAAGAAUUUAGGGUUUAUAAGCCCUCUUUAUUUCUUCCCAUUCCCCUUCGUCUUCAUCAUUCUUGCGCCGUCUCUCCUCUGCUUCUACUCUCAGGUAUUUGCAUUGUUGUGUGAUCACCUCAAAACUAAGCAAAGAUGCAGAACGACGAGGGAGAAAUUAUCGAUCUUUACAUCCCCAGGAAGUGUUCGGCCACUAACAGGCUGAUCUACUCCAAGGACCAUGCCUCAGUCCAAAUCAAUGUCGGUCACUUGGACGACAAGGGUGUUUACACCGGUAGUGCCUCCACCUUUGCUCUUUGUGGCUUUGUUCGUGCUCAGGGUGAUGCCGAUAGUGCUCUAGAUCGCCUCUGGCAGAAGAAGAAGGUCCAAAGUGGCCAGUAAGGACUUCACGGUUAGCCUCCUUAGGUAGCGAGGGAAAGUUUUAAUGCCUGAUGUUUUGCAUUAAAAAAGAUUGGAAAACUCAAUUUUGUGUUAAUUUUUACUCCUUUGAAGUUAGAGUUUUUUUGUUGAACUGGAUUGUGGUUACGUGUAUGUGGCUACACAUUAUGAAUUUCAUGGUUCCUCUGUUUAUCUAACUACUUUUGCAGUCUCUA